GCAGGCUGAUUUAGCCUGAAGUGAAGUUUAGCCUGUUUCACACUGUAACGCUGCUGCUUUAACUCCGCCUCGGCUCGGCUCGUUUGUUUAGAGUUAAAGCGCUGAAGCUGCUCUCGGGUGAGAAGGUUUACUUCGGGUCCAGGAAGUUUUACGCUGUAAACUUGUCUCUCGAAGGAAGUUGUGUUGUGUAGACAGUUAACCGCUCAAAGCCUCCAGCUGUGCGUGAGAUGGCCGAGCCGGAGGUGCUGACGGAAGUCCCGGCGGCGCUCAAGCGUCUGGCCAAGCAGGUGGUGCGCGGUUUCUACGGUAUCGAGCACGCUCUGGCUCUGGACGUGCUAAUCCGCAACGCCUGCGUGCGCGAGGAGGACAUGCUGGAGCUGCUCAAGUUCGACCGCAAGCAGCUGCGCUCCGUGCUCAACACUCUGAAAGGCGACAAGUUCGUCAAGUGCCGCAUGCGCGUCGAGACGGCGCCGGAUGGCAAGACCACGCGCCACAAUUACUACUUCAUCAAUUACAGGCUGCUGGUUAACGUGGUUAAGUACAAGCUGGACCACAUGCGGAGACGCAUCGAGACGGACGAGCGCGACUCCACCAACAGGGCGUCGUUCCACUGUCCCAACUGCUGCAGCACGUUCACCGACCUGGAGGCCAACCAGCUGUUUGACCCAAUGACAGGGACGUUCCGCUGUACGUUCUGCCAGACCGAGGUGGAGGAGGACGAGUCAGCUAUGCCGAAGAAAGAUGCGCGGACGCUGGUUGCCCGCUUCAACGAGCAGAUCGAGCCCAUUUAUGUGUUGCUACGGGAGACUGAAGAUGUCAACCUGUCGCAUGAGCUGCUGGAGCCAGAGCCUACAGAAAUCCCUGCUCUGAAACACAGUCGGGAGCGCGCGACUCCAUCCGGAGGUCCAGCAGGAGCAGGUCGGGAGGUCUGGAGAACGAAGGGCUCGUCCUAUGCAGAUCUGUACACACAGAAUGUCGUGAUCAACAUGGAGGAGCAGGACAGCCAGCCCUCCCAGGCGGAUAAGGCCAAAGCACCCAAAGAGAGACCGGUGUGGCUGACUCAGAGCACCGUGCAGGGUGCCUACAACGAGAACGACGACCUCAAGGCCGCUGGCGGGGACUCCAUGGUAACCCAGGAAGGUAUUGCUGGACAUGGCCUCGCGCAUGACGAGAACGAGGAAGUGAUGCGCGCGCUGCUCAUCCAUGAAAAGAAGAGUAUGCCUGCACCAGCUGGCGGAGCCAUUAACAGGACCCCCAUCCCGGCAGGCAACGCCAGCGACUCGGAGAGCGACACCAGUGAAUCAGAUGAGGACUCUCCAGUCCAAGCCAUCACUGCUCCAGCGAAGCCAAGCAGACUGGACGAUGAUGAGGAUGAGGAGGAGGAUGAGUUCGAGGAGGUGGGAGACGAUCCGAUGGUGAUGGUGGGAGGAAGAGCGUACCCCUACAGGGAGGUGAGCCAGAGGCCAGAGCUGGUGGAGCAGAUGAGCGCCCAGGAGAAGGAGGCCUACAUCGAAAUGGGGCAAAACCUCUUCCAGGACAUGGACUUUUGAGCAAUCAUCUGUCUUUAUUGUUUUUUUUCCCCCUAGUCUCUGCUUGUCCACUCUUGCUCACUUUUUUGUCGCUAUAGUAUCACGCUGUUGCCUUUGGAACCUUGACACACGCUGUGCAGAGAAUUGUGCUGAAAGUCAGCCUCCCACAGAGAGCUCCAGGUUUAUUCUGUUCAAUUUUGGACUCCUGAUAAUAGUUUUGCUCAAUAUGUUACACUAGGGCCACACACUCAAGGUAUUUUAGUUUAGAAUUUCCACGUAUCCAUAGACAGGCGCAAACAGUGUUUUUUUUUUUUUUUUUUUUUUCUUUUAAUUUUAUUUACAAAAACACAUGAAAGCCAUUUGUUUGUGAACACACACUGAGCUGUCUCUUCUACUCAUGAUAAACGCACGUUAACACAUCUGCCUUUAUGCGUGUAAUUGCAUUCCUUUAAAUGGUCUUUCUGAGCUUUCUGUUCCAGCCAUGAGAAUGAUUUUGAUAUGUUCUGCUUUUGUCACAGUAUUCCCAAAGCCUUUCGAAAAAAAUAUAUACCGUAGCGUAAACAAGAAAAGUUUUGGAAGACAUUUAAAUAGUGUUCAUUUUCUCUAUUUAUGGAGAUUAGGUGACAUCCUAAAUACACGCACACACUUUUGCACACAAGCACGGACAUGCUCACUGAUGCGUGUUUGCUUUUCUGGUUUGGUUUUCAGUCUCACACUCUCUUGGGCAAAUAGCAGAGUGUUUAAGUUAACGUCUGGAUGAGAAGUGACCUUCCAGGACGCCUACAAGAUUAAAAAGCCUCACACAGGAGCAUUUUGAGCCUGUUGAGACGUACUUUAGAGACCUAGAUGGGUGAUGGUCUAUGGCGCCAUCUUACACUGGCACAAUAGUUGUGUUUCAUCUCUAAGGAUAAAAGUACAAAAAAAUUUUGAAGAAUAAAAAAAGAUUGUGUUGUCUGAGGCUUAGGUUAUGCGGUUAACUGGUGCCAAGCUGUAUUGUCUAGUAUUCAUUUACUCUUAGUAUUCAUUUUGGAAGGAAUAGCUUAGCUUACUAGAUUAGACAUCUAAUUCUGUCUAAAUAAGAGUUGGAUUUAAUUUACUAGUGUUUAAAAUUGUUUUUUAUUUAUUUAUUUUUAAACUGUUCAUCAUAGAUGAAUAUUCUGUAUUCAGUAGUGCGUCUUCUGUUGCUUGUCUAGGUCUCUAAUACACGUUGUGUGUGUGUGUCUCUUCAAUGUGAAAAGGUUUUAAGCAUUGCAUUAUCACCUUGCUAAAUAUCUUCAAUUCUCCUGCUGCUCAUCUCUUUUAGGAGAGAAAAAACUCCUUGUGAAACAAGCACUCUCCUGUCUUUCUAUGAGGAAAUGUACUUUGUUUAAUUGAGUAUGUGGGGCGUGGAUAAAGUGACUUCUUUAACAACAAUAAAGAGCUGUUGGU